AUGACGACGAUGCGCGCGGCCGUCCAGCGCGUCGCGGGCCGCACGUGGUCCUCGUCUGCAGCGCGUCCACGUCGUGCCUUGCAGCGCUCAGCAGUAUCGAGUGCGCGCCUCGUUCCGCGCCGAUGUCCGAUCGUAGCAGCGAUGCCGCACGUGGGCGCCGGCUUUAGUACGAGUGCGUCGGACGUUAAAACGAAUCGGCACGAGUUCCAAGCCGAGACGCGUCAGCUGCUGGAUAUCGUGACGCACUCGAUUUACACGGACAAGGACGUGUUUAUCCGCGAACUGAUCUCGAAUGCCUCGGACGCGCUCGAGAAACUCCGUCACUUGCAGUCUACGGGAGCAGACCUCCAGGAUGCAGAGCUGGAGCCAAAGAUUGAGAUCACGACGGACGAAAAGGCCGGCACGCUCACUAUUGCAGACACAGGUGUGGGCAUGUCAAAGGAAGAGCUGAUUGAGAAUUUGGGCACGAUUGCACGCUCGGGGUCCAAGGCGUUUCUAGAACAGUUGAAAGAGAGCUCGACCGGCGAAUCAGGCGAUGCGCUUGGCGGCAUCAUUGGUAAGUUUGGUGUCGGUUUCUACUCGGCGUUUAUGGUUGCCGAGAAGGUAGAGGUCUUUUCGCAAUCGGCAGUGCCCGGUCGUUCGGGAACCUUGUGGCGGUCGGAUGGCAGUGGAUCGUACGAGAUCGCUGACGCAACUGACGUAACGCGUGGCAGUAAGAUCGUGGUCUACCUGAAGGAUUCCUGCAAAGACUUUGGCACCAAGGCAAAGGUGGAGUCCAUCAUUCGUCGCUACUCGAACUUUGUCUCGUUCCCGAUUGUCCUUGACGGCGACACGGUCAACACCGUUCAGGCGCUCUGGACUAAAAGUGAGAGCGAUGUGACAGACGAGGAGUACACUGAAUUCUACAAGUUCAUCGCCAAUGCGUUUGAUGAGCCUGCCUACCGCCUCAUUUUCAAGGCGGAUGCUCCCAUUGAGCUGAAGACUCUCUUCUUUAUUGGUUCUUCCCACACGGAGAAGUUUGGCUUUGCUCGUCUGGAGCCGGGCGUAAGCCUGUACUCACGAAAGGUUCUCAUCGAGCGCAACUCGCCUGACAUUCUGCCAGACUGGAUGCGCUUCGUACGUGGUGUCGUUGAUAGCGAGGACCUUCCGCUCAGCCUUUCGCGUGAGAAGAUGCAGGACAGCCGCUUGAUCCAUAAGAUUCGCGAUGUCCUGACGCGACGAAUCGUUCGUUUCUUGGAGCGUGAGUCCACGAAGGAGCCAGACAAGUUUGAAAAGUUCUUCAGCGAGUUUGGCCAGUUUAUCAAAGAGGGCAUCUGUACCGACUUUGCAAACAAAGAUGCAUUGGCAAAGCUCCUACGUUAUGAAUCGAGUCAAGUAGAUGCAGGUAAGUUGACGAGUCUCGAUGAGUACGUGUCACGCUGUCCCCCAGACCAGAACGAGAUGUACUACUUAUGCGCGCCUACCCGAGCAAUCGCGGAGUCGUCCCCGUACUUCGAGGCCUUCAAGAAAAUGAACAAAGAGGUGCUGUUCGUCUACAGCCCCAUGGACGAUUUUGUGAUGACGAACGUCGCCGAGUUCAACGGCCGCAAGGUUAUAUCUGCCGAGCAUGCAAAGAUCGACGUUGGCAGCGACGCUGACGAUGCCACCGAAAAGAAGCUGUCAGAAGACGAGCAACAACUUUUCGGGGCAUGGCUGAAGCUGACACUGGAGGACAGCGUGAAGGAAGUCAAGUUCACUUCUCGUCUCAUCAACUCGCCUGCUAUCAUCGUCGACCACGAGUCGGCCUCUAUUCGCAAGAUGAUGCAGAUGGUGAAUGACCGCGCGGGACAGGGUGUGGGAGGAUUGUCAAAAAACGUGAUGGAGAUCAAUCCGAACCACAGCAUCAUCGUGAACUUGAACUCGCUUCGUGAAGUGAAUGAUACGCUGGCCAAGAAGGUGGCCUGCCAGAUCUACACGAACGCCACCGUGGCUGCUGGUCUUGUCGACGACGGUCGCAGCAUCCUUGGCGGCUUGAACGAGAUCCUCGCCGAGCUCCUGGAGCAGAGUCUGCCCAAGAAGAACGAGUAG